AUGGUACCUAAUUCUUUGUUGUAUUGUUCACCUCAGGUUGAUAUAUACGGCUCCUGUGGGACUUUAACGUGUUCAAGGACGGAUGGCGAUAAAUGUUUUGAGAUGCUAAACACCGACUAUAAGUUUUAUCUGUCAUUUGAAAACUCCAACUGCAGGGAUUAUAUCACGGAAAAAUUCUUCGUAAAUGGUUUAAAACACGAUGUGAUACCAAUUGUAAUGGGCGCUGCCCCUGAAGAUUAUGAAAGAGCAGCACCUCCACACAGCUACAUACAUGUGGAUGAAUUCGAGUCUCCGCGAGAAUUAGCCGAGUACCUGCUUAAACUGGAUAAACAUGAUGCCCUGUACAACGAAUAUUUCCAAUGGAAAGGAACAGGGGAGCUAAUCAACACUUUUUUCUGGUGCAGAGUGUGUGCCCUUGCUCAUGAUGAGGACAGAGGGCAGUCCUGGUACCGAGAUAUAGAGGCAUGGUGGAACGGUGACGAUAUAUGCAUUGGAGAAAGGACUUGGAGAGGUGUCAAGCGAACUAAGAAAUUGAUAGCAGACUUGCCUAUUGUUCUUCCCCCAAAUCAGUGA